AUGUCAACAUCUUUUGCCAACUAUCUCCUAGCGGCUGUCAGCACCGUCACUAUCCAUCCCGUACGCCGCACGAAGGACGAAAUGGAUAUACUCAUGAAGAGUGAGUUGGGCCUGCAAGACCAAGACCCCCGGGUUCUGUGGGAGGAGGACCUGAAGCCUAAGACCUCCAUCCUUAAAUUCCUCAUUCCUCUUUCAAAUCUCAACAAAUCGGAAAUCAAGAGGAUCACUUACAUCAAACAAGUACCGGGAAGCCAAACUCAGAUACAUGGGGCUCCCGUUUUUGACAAGGAAUGGCGACUCAAAAAUGCUUUCCGAAGUAAACGCAAGGUUGCAGUUAGGCGUACCCGGUUUCAGGCGGCUCAGACUGAGUCGCAGACUGAUACAGACAUAGAACUUGAAGGGGAUUCCAUGCUAGAGACGGAGGGCAGCUUGGGGCAGCAGGAUUUCGUCAAGGCUGGAACGAAAAGAGCUAAGCCUGUAGGAGAAACGGAGGAAAAGAAUUGGGAGCGUCUUUUCCGGGCGAUAUACUAUCACAUGCGCGAACUGCUCAAGGAGCAAGUCCAAGAGCGCAAUGUUGAUGGAUCACAGCACUCGUCAUCGCAACGCUCGGGAAUCCAGCGCUCGCACAUUUUGCCCUUCACCGAAAUAACAGAUCUCCGGUACUGGUCUUCAGAGUUCGCCACCACUUCCAUGCCAGACGCUACCGAUUCACGGAAGCCUGAUCUCGUCCUCCUGGAUUACCGGCUCAGAAAGCUCGGCUUCUCGCAAAAGUCCUGGAAAGAUGUCCUCACAGGAGUUGAGAUUACCCAAUCUGACCUCUCUGUUGAUCGCAAAAUACCUUUGUUCUUGGGGGUUGCUACCAAGGGCUAUCUGAUGAUGCGGGAGCAACCAUGGCGUCGUUUCAUCCUACUUUUUAGUAUCUCCAAGUUCAAACUUCGUGCCCAUUAUAUGGAUCGCUCCGGCAUGGUGAUCUCAAAACCACUCCCGAUCGUUACAUCCCCUGAACGUUUUGUCGACGUGUUGAAUACCGUCACUUUAGGAAAUCGCUCUUCCCUCGGCUUUGAUCCAACAAUCCAUAUCUGCAACUCUUGUAACACCAUUCCAACUCACGCUGAUUUACCGAAUGGCUUUGAUGCCAUGCUUCCUGGGGCAAUAGGCUGGGUUUACGACAACGAUGAGAAUGUAUACUGGAUUAUGGAUAUACUAUGGAAGAGCCGCGGUCUGUUCAAGCGCGGAACCGUCUGCUAUCGCGUUCGAGAUCAGUUUAAUCAGGAGUACGCACUCAAAGAUUGUUGGGUCAACGAGGAUGUCAAAGACGUCGAGAUACAACUUCUCAAAGCGGUCGAAGGCAUCCCGAACGUUGUUCAACUCAAGAAAUAUUGGGACGUACUUUAUGAUGGGAAGCCCGACUCCACUUCACGCAUUCGUAGUCAUUGCUCGACAUUCAAAUUCGAGACAAAAAUCCAUCGGCGUAUUCUCUUGACACCCUGCGGGGUGCCAUUGACUCACUUCAACGAUGUACCCGAGUUAAUCGGGGUUUUUCGUGAUCUUGUUGUUGCCCACAAGGCAAUGGUGGGCCGACGUGUCCUUCACGGAGAUCUCAGCCCUAAUAACGCUAUUAUUUACCAAGGAAAAGGCUAUUUUAUUGACUUUGACCAUGCAAAGUUUCUCAAUGAUGAUGGGAAAGCAGAUCCGAGUCCACGCGGUACUGGAACUGUACCCUACAUAUCUUUUCGCGUUCUCCGCCUAAUGGGAGAUGGCCAUUUGGUCCAACAUAUGCCCUGCGACGAUCUCGAGUCGCUUUUUUACAUCCUGCUCGAGUUUACCGUGAUAUAUCUAGGACCGAAGGGCGUACUGGCCCCCCAACCCAGUCCAGAAGCUUUGCGACGGGACGCCGUUCGGAGGUGGGCGGUCUCCUAUGAAAACAUGACCCAAGAUGGUCUCGCGACCAGCAGUAUUUGGAAGCGGGAAUUCAUCAAUGGUCUGGCUGACCCACCCUUAAUCACCCCGUACUUUAUCCUCUGCCGCCCCCUCCUUGAAGAGUGGCGUUGCGCAAUUUCUCUCGCAAGUUCUCAGUCAACUGCCCUGUCUCACGAUACAAUAUGCGAUAUUCUAACGCGGGGCUUAAGCAUGAUCAGUCAGCAACUUUCUCAGAUACCUCCUCCUGCACUUCCAGCACCUCUAUCUACACCAGAACCAACCAUCGCUCUAUCGCGUCCUCCUGCACCUCCAUCUGCGCCGGAAUCAACCAUCGCUCCAUUGCCUCCUGAUAUUUCCGUCGCUGUUCGUCGGUCUCGUCGGUCAAAGACGGCACCUGUCAAACGCUAA